UCAACGUUAUCAUGAACAGCAAUUCUACCUCCUUUGUUUGAAAACAGUUGUGGACCUGUAUCAAACUAUCUACUAUCAAAGUGAAACCAUCAGUCUUAUCCUGUUAAGGAUGAACUGGGUUUCUUCCACUUUUUCGCCUCUAGAUGUUCAACCGACAAAGCGACGCAAACUAGACGGCGAGUGUUUUCCCCGGGCGACAUCGGCAGAAGUAUGGGUCAACACAUGGAAGCCGAAAAAAAAAGAAGACCUUGUUGUACAUAAGAAGAAGGUCGAGGAAGUGCAGUCUUGGCUUGAAUGGACGAAAAGAGGUUUCGGCUCUUCGGCACUGCUCCUUACCGGCCCACCGGGCUGUGGUAAGUUGACAACUCUUAAAGUCCUUUGCUCUUUUUUAGGCAUCAACCUUGUAGAAUGGAUGCCUCAGGUGGCUAAGAAAAGCUAUGACCCCGAGAACUUAGAAUAUAAUCAGGGUGACGUUUCACUCUUUGAAGAGUUUGUACUGAGAGCGACUAGAUAUUCAAAUGUUUUUAACUCACAGUCAUCGAGGAUGAUAGUUGUUAAGGACAUCCCAAACGGUUUCACAAGAGACUGCAGCCGUUUUCAAGAUUUCUUAGAAAACUACACGACUCUAGAUCGAGUCUAUCUUUGCUUCAUAACAACCGAUGUUAAAAUAACAAGGGAGCUGUUCAGCGAAAGCAUUAAGCAGAAAUAUAACAUAAAAACUAUAUCGUUCAACCCUGUUACCCAAAGAUCUGUAAAAACUACCCUGGAGAAGAUAGCAAAAUCAAAGUUUACAGAAUACAUAGAUGGUAUAAGUUUGUCUUGCAAUGGAGAUCUGAGAAAUGCCAUCACUACUUUACAGUUCCUUUCAGUCAAAGGCGAGCUGCCGCAGAAAGGAAAAAAGGGCACGAAGGAAAACGUUAAGAAAACAGAUGUGAUCGACUUGUUCAAAGGGCUGGGUCGGGUGUUGUAUGCGAAACGUGAUGGAAAUGGAAAACUGGCCCACUGUCCCGUCGAAGUCGGUGACUCGUUCACAUCUUCUCCGGAACUUUUCCUCGGGAUGCUUCAACAAAACUAUCUCAACACUUUCUCUUCAAUACACGACGCUGCAAAAGCUUCGCACAAGUUGUCCGUCAGCAAUGUCAUAUUGUCCGACUACAAAGAUACAAACACUUCUAGAUCUCUGGGACUCAUAAUAGCUUCGCACGCUCUCAUGAGCCAUAACAGUAAACCUAUCAAAAAGUUUCAGCAGUUUGAUAAACCAAGAAAAGUAAUCAGCUUAUUACAAGAUUCGACAAUAAAUAAUUUUAAUACCUGUGAUAGUAUAAUUGAUUUAGUGACUUUUGGUAGGCACAUUCCAGCAUUUACUGCUGAUAAUAAAGAACUCAUAUCAAAGUACACUUCAUUUAAAUAAAACUCUUAUUUUUAAUUGUUAAAUUGCAAAAUACAAUAUCUUUUUUAAACUGUUAA